AUGGAUCCAAAUCAUACAAUUAGCGCAUCGGAAGAUGACGACUCGAACACCAUUGACAAUGCCUCUCUCGACUCCGAAAAGGUGCAAUCUUACGGUGAUGCCUUGAACACAGAACAAGAACACCAGAACUUGACACCACACAGGUCUAUCAGCAGAAUCUUACAUUCCAUUAACAGUCGUGAAGAAGAGUUGAAGAAGUUAAUCUCCAACAACAAGGGUGUCGAAAGAAUUAUUUCUGAAUUGGAAGAAGGUACCGGUAGAUUAGGUCCUUUGGAACAGCCUUACGACUUAAAGAGAAUAACAACCCAGGCUGACCCUAAUAGUGAUUUCAAUGAAGCCGAUCCCUGGAAAUAUCCCCUUGAUUCAGAAUCGGGAUUGAGAAUUGUCGAGUUUGUUCCAAAUGACGAAAAGAACCCAAAGAACUUAUCUAUAACCACCAAGUGGGUGUACACUGGUGUAUUGGGUUUCAUGUGUUUUGUGGUGGCUCUUGGUUCUGCCAUUGUCACGGGUGAUUUAGAAAGACCAGCUGAAUACUUUGGAGUAAGUCAAGAAGUCAUUAUUUUAGCUUCCGUAACGGUAUUCGUCAUUGGUUUCGGUGUUGGUCCAUUACUUUUCGCACCAAUGUCAGAAGAAGUCGGAAGAAAGCCUAUAUAUGCAACAACUUUGGCUAUUGCUGUUGUUUUCAUUGUGCCAUGUGGUGCAGCUAAGAACAUCGGUACUUUACUUGUUUGCCGGUUGAUCGACGGUAUUGCUUUCAGUGCUCCAAUGACUCUUAUAGGAGGUUCUCUUGCUGAUAUCUGGGAGGGUAAGGACCGUGGUACUGCUAUGGCUAUUUUUUCUGCUGCUCCUUUCUUGGGUCCCGUUACUGGUCCCAUCUUCGGUGGUCUUUUGGCUGAUCACGCUCCUACCUGGAGAUGGAUCUACUGGACUUUCUUGAUUAUUGCCGGUUUCGUCUAUGUCUUGUUCAUUUCCAUUGUUCCAGAAACCCAUGCUGGUACCUUGUUGAAGAAGAGAGCUAAGCAGUUGAGAAAGGAAACGGGCGACUCUAGAUACAGAUCUUUUAAUGAAUUGAAGAUCAGAUCCUUCAGUGAAGUAGCCAAAUCUUCGUUGUUGAGACCAUUCGUCUUGUUAAAUGAAUUGAUUGUCUUCUUAAUGACUUUGUACAUGUCUGUUGUCUACGGUUUAUUGUACAUGUUCUUCUUUGCAUACCCAAUGGUUUUCCAAGAAGGAAAGGGUUUCUCUGCAUCUUUGACCGGUGUCAUGUUUAUUCCAAUUGGUGCAGGUGUUGGUCUUGCCACUUUGGCUGCCCCAUUCUUCAACAAAGACUACAAUAAGAGAGCUCAAGUCUAUAGAGACAGAGGUGAAUUACCACCUGCCGAAUUGAGAUUGAUUCCAAUGAUGGUUAGUUGUUGGUUCGUUCCAGCUGGUUUAUUUGCCUUUGCCUGGUCUUCUUACCCAACUAUCUCCUGGGCCGGUCCAUGUUUCUCAGGAUUGGGGGUUGGAUUCGGUUUCUGUUGUUUGUACAACCCUGCCAACAACUACAUUGUUGACUCUUACCAACAUUAUGCCGCCUCUGCCUUGGCUGCUAAGACCUUCGUUAGAUCCAUCUGGGGUGCUUGCGUUCCACUUUUCACAAUUCAAAUGUACCACAGAUUAGGUUUGGAAUGGGCCAGUACCUUGAUGGCUUUCAUAUCGUUGGCUUGUUGUGCUAUUCCAUUCUUGUUCUUCAUCUACGGUGCAAGAAUCAGAACGUUCUCUAAGUACGCAUACUCUCCAAACAUGGAUACCAAGAAAGAUGAAGAGAACCAGAAGUAAUUAACUUCCUUCUGAGGUUUCAUCAUUUGCAUUUUACAGUGAUUUGGUAAGCCUAAAUCAAUAUUUAUUACAGUACAGACUAGAUAUAAUAAAAUAAUAAUACAUAUAUACAUAUUU